AACAAUUCUACCCCUCCUGAGGAAUCAGAUCGCAAAAUGUUGCUUCGCGAGAAGCUGUACGUAGUGCUUAUCUUACAGCUGGGACUCGUCCUCCAGCAAGCCCUAGGCCAGUGUCCCAGUAAUCCCUACCGAACGUUCGAUGGAACCUGUAACAACCUUGCGAAUCCGUCGUGGGGAUCCGCCAAUACCCCAUUCGUGCGCAUAGUCAAUCCCAAGUAUGGUGAUGGAAAGUCGAGUCCGCCGUUAGCAGCGGACGGCAGUGAGCUACCGAACGCUAGAGUGUUGUCGGUGGAGGUUUUCCAGGAAGGUGUCCAGAACAGUCCUGAAUUUACACUGGCCAAUAUGCAGUUCGGACAGAUUGUGGCCCAUGAUAUGGCACUAACGCGUGGAGUUCGCGAUCAACUGCCCUGUUGCGCUAAUGGUCGUCUGCAACCUGCACGAGGACCCCGAUGCCUCGCCAUUCCUGUAUUACCCGAGGACCCGGUGUUCUCAGUCCGAGGGAUUGAGUGUCUGGGCAUGAUCCGUACGCUGACCACCUGUGAUGAAGAUCCCAACGGAUGUGCAAAGGCGGAGCAACUUAAUGCUGUUAGCCAUUUUCUCGAUCUGUCAGUCGUGUACGGAAACUCUGUUCAAGAGGCAACCCAACUGCGAGAGCCCAACACGGGUUUCUUGAAAGUUGAGCAGCGCGAUGGUCAGGCAUGGCCACCGCGGCAUCCGAACGCGAGUACUACCUGCACCCUGAGAACUCCGAACGAUGCCUGCUACCUUACCGGCGAUGGACGAGCGAAUCAGAGUCCUCAUUUGGCGAUUCUUCAAAUCACAUUCGUACGGGAACACAAUCGUAUUGCUCGUGGACUUCAAGCGCUGAACCCAACCUGGACCGCGGAAAAACUGUUCCAAGAAGCCCGCCGUAUCAAUAUCGCCCAGUAUCAGCACAUCGUGUACGACGAGUGGCUGCCGAUCUUCCUGGGUCGCAGUUUCAUGCUUGACCGUCAGCUACUCUAUCAGUCUGCGGGUCCUUCGAACGAUUACGGACAAACUAUCCAUCCAGCAGUUAUCAACUCGCACACGACGGCUGCGUUCCGAUUUUUCCACUCCUCCAUACAGGGCACUCUGAAACUCUAUGAGGAAAGUCGCAAGUCGAUGUCCAAGGUAGACAUCAACGAUCACACCAACAAUCCCAGCAUUCUGGAGGAAGCGUCUGAUCGCUACGCCAAUCUCCUGCGCGGACUUACCAGCCAACCGAUGGGAUUGAACGAUGUCAGUCUCGAUCCGGCCACCAAACAUUUCCUCUUCCGGUUCAACAACAUGUUUGGCACGGAUCUGAAAUCGCUGGACAUUCAGCGUGGCCGCGACCAUGGUCUAGGAUCGUACAAUGAUUUUGUGUUUUUGUGCUUGAAUCAGCGCGCUACAACGUGGGCCGAUUACAACCAACUGCUUGUGCCGGGAGCCGUCGAGCUGCUCGCAACGUACUACAAGUCGGUGAACGAUCUCGAUCUGUCGGUGGGUUUGGCGUUCGAGAAGAAGGUUGACGGUACAGAGUCGGGCAUGGUGACACGGUGCAUUUUGGCCGACCAGUUCCGUCGCACCCGGAAGGGAGAUCGAUUUUUCUACGCAAACGGUAACCACUUCACCCCGCGACAGUUGGCGGAAAUACGUAAAGCAAACAUGGCACGAAUUCUGUGUGAUACGACUGCUAACGUUGCACGGAUACAGCCAGACGCGUUCCAUUUGCCUUCAAACAUUAAUCAGCUGGCAGCGUGCAGUUCGUUGCCGACGCCCAAUCUUCGCGAGUUCUAACGUGACGUGCGUUGCGUACGCUCUUGCCAAAUAAAAGGCGUGCUUGCGAGGAAGCUGAGACGUCGCUUAAAAAGCAGACAUUUGAUGUAAAUAAAUUUGAAAUUUGAGGUACCAUAGA